UGCUACUGUCUGGCAGACAGCUUCUCUCGCAGAGAUUUGCCGGUUCCCUUACGAACAACGCACGCAAGAUGCAUAUCCAGUCGAUUCCCAUGUGGGUUGGGAGCUCCAACAACUACGCCUAUCUUGUGGUUGACGACAAGUCCAAGGAUGCCGUCAUCAUCGACCCGGCGAACCCGCCAGAGGUUGCGCCUGUUUUGAAGGAGGCUACUUCGGCGGGCAAGAUUAACUUGACGGCCAUUGUCAACACUCACCACCAUUGGGACCACGCCGGCGGCAACAAGAAACUGCUAUCGGAGCUGGGCACCGACCUCGCCAUCAUCGGCGGCAAAGACUGCGAAGGCGUCACCAGGACGCCAAAGCACGGGGAGACGUUCAAGAUUGGCGACAUUUCGGUCACGGCCGUGCACACGCCGUGCCACACGCAGGACAGCAUCUGCUACUACAUGGAGGAUGCCACUGGCAGGGCCGUCUUUACCGGCGACACUCUCUUCAUCAGCGGAUGCGGCAAGUUCUUUGAGGGUAAUGGGGCGGAGAUGCAUGAGGCGUUGAACAACAGGCUCGGAGCGUUGCCGGAUGAUACAGUUGUCUAUCCCGGGCACGAAUACACCAAGUCCAACGUCAAGUUCACCCUGUCCGUGUCCCAGACGGACCCAAUCAAGCGGCUUCGGGAGUUCGCGGACAACAACGAGGUGACGACGGGCAAGUUCACCAUUGGUGAUGAGAAGAGGCACAAUGUGUUUAUGAGGGUCCAGGACCCCGAGAUUCAAAAGGCGACGGGCGAGACGGAUCCUGUUUCCGUCAUGUCCAAGCUGCGGGAGAUGAAGAACAACUUCAAGUGAGGGUGUCACCAGGCCCGUGGAGGCAAAGAUCUGAUGUAUGUCUCCAUGGUUCACUUGGCACCACGGCACUUGAGAGGCCUGUGAUGCCGCUCGCUAGCCAUUGGAAGAAAAGGUUUGCUCUCGCUUCACUGUCCACACUUGCGCGCUGUUGGGGAAAAUCCGAGGCGGCAAGCUCUAGCAAUUU